UCACAUUUUAGAAUGUAAGCCUGGACUUCCUGCCAAUGGGAGAAAAGAUCAGAAGGAGCUUCUGUAUUAGGGUCUAAAUAGGUAUAAAUCCUAUGUUUUGCAGCUUGUGCUUUGUAGUCCUAUACCAACACUACUGUCAUCAAGAGCUGCCCUUUCUCUGGAAAUUGCAUUGAUCUGAGAGGUAUAUGGAUCUAGUACUACAGGACGAGAGGGAAAGAUUUCUGAAACCAGAUUUUGGGCACCCCCUUCUGGAUCACGCAGAUCCGGGAAUCUCCGGCUUGAGCACUCAGUACUAGGAAGCGAAAGUGAAACCUCAGCUCUGGUGGGGACUGAGGCAGAAAGGAAACGGAUAAAGGAGACUGGGGACUCAGAGCAAUCCCUGGAGCCUAACGCUGCUCAGUAACCAGACUUUGCGGGGAGCUCCGCUUCAGCAGCAACCCGGAAUCCGUGCUGCAAGCAGAAGCAGCACCAAUCCCUAAGCCCCGGGAAAGUGGAAAGAGCUCUAGCGGUGGGAAACUCCCACCUGAACCCCCUGGCCUGCCCUGGACUCUCCGUGUGAUCGUGGGCAAGACGCUUCAUUUCUCUGAGCCUCGGUUACCGCAGAAACGACACCAACAUGCAGCUCUCUACUCUUGGGUCCUGGGCUCUUCUCCUCCUGACUGACCUGAUCCUGCUUUGGGUGUUGCAGAGACUUCUGGGAGUCCUAUUCCCUCCAGGGCUCCUUAGUCUCUGGCUGGAAGGAGCUUUUAGGAUGGGGGUCCUAUGGGAGUUGCUAAGUUUACUUGGGGGACUUGGGAAGGUGGGCAAACUACUGCCUGCCUUGUGUCUGAGCACCCCCUUGUUCCUAUCUCUGAGGGCUCUGGUUCCAGGAGUCUUGAGUGCUCCCCCUGUGCUCCUAGCCUCAGCACCCUGGGCCUGGAGGCUGAUAGCUUAUGGAGGAGGGGCUCUGGGCUGGGCUGUGUGGAAAGUGCUGAGUCCUUCUGAAGCCCCUCACUCAGCACAGGAGAAGGAGCAAGGCCCAGAGAACAAAGCCAUGAUGUGGAGGCUGCUGAGACUGUCCUGGCCUGACUUCCCCUUCCUUGUUGCUGCUUUCUUUUUCUUGGCUGCUGCAGUCAUAGGUGAGAUGUUCAUCCCCCACUACACGGGACGUGUGAUUGACAUCCUGGGCCAGGACUUUGACCCUGAUGCCUUUGCCACUGCCAUCUUCUUCAUGUGCCUCUUCUCCCUUGGAAGCUCAUUCUCUGCUGGCUGCCGAGGAGGCCUCUUCACCCUCAUCUUCUCCAGAAUCAACCUGCGUAUUCGGCGCCUCCUCUUUUCCUCCCUGCUACGCCAGGACCUCAGCUUCUUCCAGGAGACCAAGACAGGGGAGUUAAACUCUCGCCUGUCUUCGGACACCAAUUUGAUGAGCCGCUGGCUCCCCUUAAAUGCCAACGUGUUCCUUCGGAGCCUGGUAAAGGUCAUAGGACUGUAUGGCUUCAUGUUCAGUCUCUCGCCUCGACUGACUCUUCUCUCCCUGCUUGAGCUGCCCUUCUCAAUGGUUGCUGAGAAGGUCUACAAUGCCCGACAUCAGGAUGUGCUGCAGCAGAUCCAGGAUGCGAAGGCAGAGGCUGGACAGGUCGUGCGGGAGGCAGUGGGAAACCUGAAAACUGUGAGGAGUUUUGGAGCAGAGGGAGAUGAGGUUCAGCGCUAUGAGGAAGCCUUGGAGCACAAGCGCCAGCUGGAGUGGCGCCGAGACUGGGAGCGGGCAGCGUAUCUGCUCUUAGUGCGGGGACUUCAGCUGGGGAUGCAGGUGUUGAUGCUGCAAUGUGGGCUAAGGCAGAUUCUGGCAGGGGAGCUCACCAGGGGGGGCCUCCUCUCCUUCCUGCUCUAUCAGGGGGAUGUGGGGAGAUCUGUGCAGAAUCUGGUGUACAUCUGUGGGGACAUGAUGAGCAAUGUGGGCGCAGCGGAGAAAGUUUUCAGAUACCUGGAUCGUGAGCCACGCUUAGCUCCUCCUGGGACCCUGGCCCCUCCUCUUCAGGGCCUCGUGGAAUUCAAAGAUGUUUCCUUUGCCUAUCCUACCCACCCAACCAAGCCUGUCCUCCAGAGAGUGACAUUCACUUUGCACCCUGGGACGGUGACAGCCCUGGUAGGGCCCAAUGGAGCUGGGAAGAGUUCAGUGGCUGCAUUGCUACAGAAUCUUUAUCAGCCCACAGAGGGCCAGGUGCUGUUGGAUGGGGAACCCUUGUUCCGAUACCAGCACCAGUAUUUGCACUCACAGGUGUCUGUGGUUGGUCAGGAGCCUGUGCUGUUCUCAGGGUCUGUGAGGGACAACAUUGCCUAUGGCCUGGAUAGCUGUGAGGAUGAUGAGGUGAGGGCCGCUGCCAGGGCAGCCUGUGCUGAUGGAUUCAUCGCCAAUAUGGAACAUGGACUGGAUACAGCUGUGGGGGAAAAGGGAAGCCAGGUGUCUGCAGGACAGAAGCAAUGUCUGGCCAUUGCUCGGGCCCUGGUGCGGAAUCCCCGUGUCCUCAUCUUGGAUGAGGCCACUAGUGCCCUGGACAUGGAGUGUGAGCAGGAGCUUCAGGAGAAGAUGCUGCAGGGAGGUCGGACAGUGCUGGUGAUUGCACAUCGGCUGCAGACGGUGCAGGCUGCUGACCACAUCCUGGUGCUGGAUCAAGGGCAGGUGGUGGAGCAGGGGACCCACACUGGGCUCAUGGCUCAGAGAGGUCUCUAUCAUCGCCUGGUACAGCGACAUCUUGAAACCUGAUUCCCUGGAAAAAGUGUGUGUGUGUGUGUGUGUGUGUGUGUGUGUGUGUGUGUGUGUGUGUGUGUGUUAUAUGGAGUUUGAAUUUGGGUUUGUGUCAAGUUAUCAGAUUCAAGGCAAUCCUUGCUCUGAGUAUCACUAGUUUUUCCUGUGUAGGAGCCACUGCAUCUAGGGAGAUAAUGGGAUCUUGGAAAGGAGCUAUCCCUGAGCUAUCCCUUUCAAGACACUUUGUUGCUUUCCUGCUACUGUUCUGAAUCCUGUAUACUUGUGAAUAUCAGUCAAUAAAUUAAUUUUUUAAGGAUGAACAUAAUGGUGAGGAAGAGAGAACUAAUUUGAUGUCUUUUUUGUUGGGCUCUAUACACUUUUGGAGAGGUCAGAGCUGGUCUUGCUUGAACUUAGCUGUUUUUAUUCUAGGUCCUCAGGGCCACUUCAGGAUAAGUUCCUGCAAGCUUUUAGUUAUUUCCAUGUGGGCUUAUCCAGAUCAAAAAUUGUUGUUGCCCUUGAACUUAGCAGUGCAAUUUCCUGACAUGGAAUUGAAUCUUAGCCCUAUAGACAAAAUACAAUUAGAGAAAUAAAAAUGCAAGAACUUCUUGGAAGUGAACCUAGUAGCAGCAGAUCUCAAACUAUACUACAAAUCUGUAAUAAUCAAAAAUGAAUUUAUAAUCUCAUUUAAAAUAAUUGUAGACAAUAAAAAAUUUUGGGGAGUCUACCUGCCUAAACUGUUUGAUCCAGCAGGAAAUCAUAAAAGAGGGAAAAGGACCCAUAUGUGCAAAAAUGUCUGUAGCAGCUCUUUUUGUAGUGGGAAAUAACUGGAAAUUGGGAGGAUACCCAUUAGUUGGGGAAUGACAGAAUAAGUUCUAGUAUAUGAAUAAAAUGAAAUGUUAUUGCUCUAUAAGAAAUAAGGAGGAGGAUGAUUUCAGGAUA